AUGGACAGCCUCGAUCUGCCCACCCACCAGCUUAUCCUAGACGCGCUGGCCCUCAACCUCGCCGAGAACAUCGCCAACGUGCCUUCCGCUCGAUCCAAGGUUCGCUCCGUCUUUGCUCAAUCCGCCACCACCAGCAAGGUCACCACUGGUUCCAAGCUCUACCUCUCGGCCUCGGCUACUCGGACCCAGAUCAGCUUGGCUCUUUUUGCCUCUUCCAUCUCCUCGGCCUCUCGCUCCACCGAGCACACCACCGACAUCAAGAACGAUGAGCACCUCGUCCCCGUCAUCGAUGACCUCGAGCAACUCCUCCGUCAGCUCACCCUGGUCGACUUUGACCAGGAGAUGAGCUGGUCCCACCACUCGUUGCCCGAUCAACUUGCCUUUGCUCUUGUUUCGAGCUUCCUCCGCGUAUCCAUCAACGCUCCUCAACACCGAUCCCGCUGCAUCAACGCCAUCUUUGACCUUGCUGCCAAGCUCAGCGAUGCUCUCGGUGCCACCGCCGGAGAUGCGCAAAUCGUCGUCGUCAAGCUCGUCCCUCUCUUCAAUGGCCUUUACAGAGCCAUCGCCUCCACUUCGUUUGCCUGGAAGCUCCACGAGUUUGCUCGUCUCGCCGACAUCCUCAACCCUAUUCUCACCUCUGUGCAGACCGUCAGGAGGCUUAACGAGGUGCUGCUUCUGCUUGACGAUCAGUUCGACAUCCGUCAGCAGGCAGUGCGCGCUACUCGUCGAGCUCCCAAAGUCGCCACCGUACGUCCCACCGAUGACCAGUCAGAGGCUAGUGUCGACACCUUUUUCUCUGGCGAUGAGGACGAGGAUGCUGACAUUGUUGGCCCCGAAGGUGGAUUCACCUUUGCCGACAAUGCUCGCUCGGCCCAGGAUGCGCAAGACUACCGCAUCUCUUUCCUCGCUAGGUACCGCCUCGCUGGCGUCCCUCUCUCGGGCCACUACGUUCUUCUGUCUUCGAUCGACAUCCUCGACACUACGCUCGCCCAAGCGCUUGCCGUAAACGCUCGCCCACCCAUCAAGGAUUUCUCUGAUUUCCACAAGCACGGUCUCGACCUCGACCGCAUCGACCCCAGCCGUCAGUCACAGGCGGACCGCUUCGAUCUCGACGCCGACACCGCGCAUGGCGACGACAACGACAACGACGAGCAUGCCUCUAGCCGCGCCAUCCUUGCUCCUGAUGCCACCAAGAAGGCCUGGAACUCGCUUCUCCGCUACUCGAUCGACACCAGCUACUUCAAGUCGGCUGCUUCUGCGCCGGCUGCCGGGGGUCAUGCGAAUGGCACUACCAACGCUUCUGCCCCACAAACCAAUGGCAAUGGUAGUGGCAAUGGUAGCAGCCUCCUUGCUUCUGUGACCCUGAUCGGAUCGUUCGCAUCCGGCACCGACAAGUCGGCUGCGUUCGGCCAAAUCGGCUCUGCUCAAAUCGACAAAAAUACGCUGUACGAGCUCGACGACACCCUCUAUGCCGUGCUCCGCGCUAGCAACAAGAGCUUCCAUGACGUGCAGCGAUUCCUCCUCAGCGAGGGUCUCAAGAGUCAACACGUCCUCCCUGAGCUUCACGUCCCUGAGAUUCUCGCAGAGAGUCUCAAGCUCUCGUCUCUGUGUUCCGUCGCUCGCAGUCUCGCUGGCGGCGCCAACGUCGACAAUAAUGUCUUUGUACGCAUCCGUACGCUUCUCAGCGAGAGUGCACCCGUCUAUGACCCACGCGUGCAGGGUGCUGCUCUGCAGAGCGUCGGCGUGCUUGUCCGCAACAACAGCGCGCUUGCUCUCCCGAUGACACGCGUCCUUCGUCACUUUGUCACCUCGCCUAUCCCCGUCUUUUUGCCCAACGCGCACGGGGCCAGCUCCCCCGUGCUCCUGGCUGCAGCUCGCUGUCUCGCUUCGUGCGUCACCAUUGCUCCGGGCGAUGAUCUGGUCGUAUCUACCAUGUACAACCUUCUCAACUACCUUGGAAGAGAUACACCUGGUGGUCUCGGCCUCGGCGGAGUCGCCGGCAGCGGUGUCUCGGUUCGCAGUGGUGCUUCGCGUGCCGUCACUGCCCGCGACCAGGUCAACGGCAUCUCCAUGUCUGGCUCGCAGGCCAACAUCUCGGCCCGCUCCGAGGAUCAGAGGAGGCUCAUCAACCUUAGCACCAUCACCGUCAUCUCGCGCCUCGCGCUGGAGGUGGGAAAACCCGAUGUUACCGCGCUGACCAUCUCGAUGCUGCUCCAACGUCUUCGCAAUGCCGACGUCUCGGCCGAGGCCGCCAUUCUCGACAACGUUGUGCCGUUGGCGCUCGCUGGUCCCCGCAGCGCCUACAUCGACGUUGUAAGGGCUCUUUCUGCUGUCUCAAGGAGCGCGCUCACCGGCGGUGCCAAUCGUCGAGCGGCCGUGGCUGUCGAGUCGGCUCAGCUCAAGCUUGCCCGUGGUCUCGGCCGUCUCGAUGAACGCGACGAACGCGAUUCGGCCUCUUCGGGUGAGAACGAAGCCACCGGCGGUCGCAAGGAGAUCUUCCUUGUCGAGUUGCUUCAACUUUUUGCCGAAAAGGGUAUACAGCUGCAGACCGUCGCUUCCUCUGGCAAGAGCAGUGCAGAGGAGCUCGCCGAGCUCAACACGGACCUUGCCACCCUUCUUCCUGCCAUCGCGGCGGUCCUCGAGCACAAGGACAUUCACCCCGAGGUACAGCCGACCACCGAGAUCGUCUCGCUCUUCCGUAACAUGUGGUUCCUCUCGGUACUGUUCGGCUUUGCCUCGCCUUCAAACAUCCGAAGCCAUGUGACUGCGGAUGGCAAUGCUGUAUCGCGUCCUUCUUCGGCGGCUGAAGCACAGGCAGAAAUCGUCGGCAAGUCGCUCAGCUCCAUCUCGCUCAAGACGCCGACGCUGGUGCCCGAAUCUGCGCACAACUACCUCGAGAGCGAUCUCGAGUACAACUCGGUUCUCAAACGCGAGUUUUCCAACCAGACGCUCGACUCGCAGCGCAAGGCGCUUAGCACCGUCAUCCCCACGCACGCCUCGGAGGUUCGUUCGUUCAGCUACGCACAGGUCACCUUCCUUUCCACCAUCUACGACCUUGAGUGCCUGCGCAGCCGGAUGGGCCGACCUUCUAUGGUUCUGUCGUACUUUACCAACGAGGGCCUUAACGAUAGUGCCCUCGUUGGUGCUAUGCAGGCUAUCGCCGACAAGGUGAUUGAUUUCUUCAUCCGUGAUCUCGGCACUCAGGUCAACAGACAUCUGCUCGACCCUCGCGUUGCCAAUGAGGUCAAGAACCUCAUGCUAGGUUGCUGCCAUCGUGUCGCCAAGGUUCGCCAGGUCUCGCAGAGCAUCCUCAACAAGUUGCUGUAUGCGCUCCCCUCGCUCCUUUGCGAUCAGGAUGUGGUGACAACCAUGCUCGAGAUCCUGACGCUCCUUCGUGAAGGUUGCGAGGCCGAGUACAAAGACGAGUUUGCGCCCACGUAUCACUACGUGUCCGAGCGUGCUAACAUCUCGUUCGACUUGUCCGACUCGUACGUGCAGAGGAACGAAAUCCUCUCGCAGUUCCUCACCAAGUCGCGCGAGUACCUGUCGCUCGUCAUGAAGUUGGCACCAUUGGAGUUGCAGGGCAUCUUGGAACGCUACCUGGGCACGUUCGACGACUCGACUCUGCCUGACCGCAGCGAGCUCGGCAAGAGUGUUGCACUCGAGUACGCACGCAGCAUGCCCGUGUCGGCUCGCAAGGAGCGACUGCUGCCCAACUUGGGUGGAUGGCGCUCAGACGCGAGCAGCUCGUUCAUUGGCGAGCUUUCGGCCAAGAACACGUACCUAGGUGAGAUGACGGGCAUUCACCUUUCUCUCACCAAAGGUGUAGUGGAGCUGUCCAACGAUCCCAGCAACACCAUGUCGCCUGCAAGCGUAGCCGAGUGCCGCGAGCAGCUCGCCACUCUGUCGAACGACGUCGGAGCCAAACGCAAGGCACUUCCGUUUGCCGAGCUGCGUCGACUUCUGUACCGAACCGCUGCGCUGGUGGUGGCGCUGCCUGAGCCGGAUUACGAGCUGCUGCACUUUAUCGUCUCGAUCCCCUUCCUCGUCUUCACGCCCGAGGCCAUCUCGACCGCUUGCCAGGUGUGGACGUGGGUGAUUGGUGCGCGACCCGAGGUGGAGACCAAGAUUAUGGUGGAGCUCACCAUCGGUUGGGCGAUGACUGCCAAAGCCCGCAAGGGAAUCUUUUCGCCGAGCCUGACCACGAAACAUCCCUUCCUGCGAAAGACCGAGAUGGGUGCGUUCGAUCGCGAAGAGAUCGUCGCCGAGCAGGAGCAGGCUGCGCGCCUGUUUACACCACAUCUGUCGCUCAUCCAUCUCAUCUCGAGCCGGUUCCAGGCGUUCCGGUACCGCGAUCCGACUAUGGUGCUGGCGCUGGUGCGAUUGAUUCAGUACUCGGGUGCGGCUGUAGACCGCAUGUCCACCCACGCUCUGUCGCGAGAGGCACGCUUCACGUUGCUCAACUUUGGCUUCCGCUUGAUCCAGACGAGCCAACUGGAAGGGCUGGUCGAGUAUCACAUGCGUGAAUCGCUGUACAAGCUCGGAUACGGCUGGUUUGCCAGUUCGCCGCAAUGGUCGUUUGGUGGAAACCGUUUGCAGCUGAGCGCUGACAUGCAGGUGUUGCAAGAGACGUUGGAGCUUUUGCAGCGUGAUGUGGUGCGUGCGGACCAGCACGUGACGAGCUUCCCGCCGACGCUCUCUUCGGUUCGCAUGCCCGGCGGUCUGACGUUGCAAGAGGCGACCAAGUCGUUUGACGAGAAGAAGAGGUUGCUGCAGUUGCUCGUGGAGAACGAGUGUUCGAGGCUGUCGGUGUGGGCCAACCCGUUGAACACGAGCAGCAGGGGCAGCGAUUUUGUCGGCAGCUUGAGCAGGUCGAUGAACGAGUCGAACUGGAGCGGCGUGGUGGAGUCGGCGUGGAGGAUCGAUGCGGUGACUGCGGUGCAGCUGGGAUCGCGAUUCCAGUCGAAAGCGCUCAAGUCGAGUUUGGGUAGACUGAUCCGAAGUCAACCGUACAAGGUGGUGGACACGCCGUCGGCGCUGAAAUACUUGCUGGAGGACCACCUGAAGCUGGCCAAGAAGGAAAACGCGGAUCUCAAGUGGCUCCAGUACUGGGCAGCCGUGUCGCCGGUGGAAGCGAUCGACCUGUUCCAGCCGGAGUAUGAGAACCAUCCUAUGGUGCUGCAGUACGCGAUGCGCUCACUGGAGCAGCAUCCGGUGGAGCUCACGUUCUUCUACGUGCCGCAAGUGGUGCAGGCUCUGCGCACGGACGAGUACGGAUAUGUGGAGCAGUUCAUCUUUGAGACGUCCAAGAUCUCGCAGCUGUUCUGCCACCAGAUCAUCUGGAACAUGAAGGCGAACAGCUACAAGGACGACAAUGCGGAGGAAGAGGAUGCGAUGAAGCCUACGCUGGACCGGAUGGUGGACAACAUUGUGUCGGCGCUGUCAGGCGAAGCGCAGGACUUUUACGAGCGCGAAUUCGGCUUCUUCAACGAGGUGACGUCGAUCUCGGGCAAGCUCAAGCCGUACAUCAAGAAGAGCAAGCCGGAGAAGAAGGCCAAGAUCGACGAGGAGAUGAGCAAGAUCAAGGUGGAUCCGGGCGUGUACCUGCCGUCGAACGCGGAUGGUGUGGUGGUAGAUCUGGAUCGCAAGUCGGGACGACCGCUGCAGAGUCAUGCCAAGGCGCCGUUUAUGGCGACGUUCAAGGUGCACCGCGAGAUUGUGAAGCCGGGCGACGAGGGGGAUGAGAACACGCCGCCCAAGAAGACCGGGGUAGAUGUGUGGCAGGCGGCCAUCUUCAAGGUUGGUGAUGACUGUCGGCAGGACGUGCUGGCGUUGCAGGUGAUUGCGAUGUUCAAGAACAUCUAUACAACUGUAGGGAUCGAUCUGUACCUGAACCCGUACCGGGUCACUGCGACAGGACCGGGGUGUGGUGUGAUUGAUGUGGUGCCCAAUGCUACGUCGCGCGACGAAAUGGGUCGUGCAAAGAUCAACCACCUGCUCACGUUCUUCAUCGGCAAGUACGGCAAUCCGGACACGAUCGCUUUCCAGCGCGCGCGCAUCAACUUUAUCCAGUCCAUGGCUGCCUACUCUGUGGUCUGCCAUAUCCUGCAGAUCCGCGAUCGACACAAUGGCAACAUGAUGAUCGAUGGAGAUGGACAUCUGGUACAUAUCGACUUUGGCUUCCUCUUCGAUAUCGGACCAGGAGGAAUGCGCUUCGAACCAUACAGCUUCAAGCUUAGCCACGAAAUGAUCGAUGUGAUGGGCGGUCCUGCCAGUCAAGGCUUUAGGAUGUUCGAGGAACUGGUCGUCAAGGCGUUUUUGGCAUGCAGACCGUUCUGUGCCGAAAUGGUGGAUACGUGCAAACUCAUGUUGGGCACUCAACUGCCAAGCUUCAAAGGCGCUCCCACCAUCGACAGGCUCAGAGACCGAUUCAAACCCGACUUGUCAGAACGAGAAGCCGCCGACCACGCCAAAUGGCUCGUCAAAGACGCGUACGGCAACAGAAGAGCGGUGCUCUACGACAAACUCCAGGAAGUCACCAACGACAUCCCUUUCGCAAAGUAG